AUAGAGAACACUCAAUACUGUGUGCUUUAGUUGUUCAUAGAAUUAAGCAUGGGAGGGACUGGCUUUGUUGGCUUAUACCAAAGAUUUGAUCUUUAAUUUAGCUUGUUCUGCUUUUAAUUCAGUACUGGUAGUCCUUUACUCAAAUCACUAGUUUUUGGCAAAUUGUCUUCUGGUUUGUGUUGUUAAGAAUACAUCUGUUAGGCUUAGGUCUAUUGACUGGUUGUUCCACCAAACUUAUGUCCUGGAGGCAGGUAUAGGCAUACAGAGGGUAGAAGCAUUUAGGAGGUUAAGUAUUCAUAUGAUUACAUGUUCAGUCUUACCAUGCAUCUAGUCUGUGUGUCUCUCAAAUAUUUGAAAGGCACUGUGGAAGAUGAAUGAUUGCACAGUUCCAUUGCAAAUUUGAAGAAUUUGUUAUGAGAUCUUAGUUCAUGUGCAAAUGUAAGGCAACAAAGAAGUUCCAAGCUCUUGAAGAACAGGUCCAUAUGGUGCUACACAAUGACCCCCAACCUGGACGAGCUACUUUUGUUGUUCAGUGCCUCUAUGUCUUACCUAUAAUUGGAGUGUACUCUGAAGGAUUCAGUUAUUUAAUUAUAUCCGCUCUUUCUCGUUUCCUAAGAAUAGAAGCUUCCAUGGGGGACUCUCUGCAAGCAAAAGACCUUGCUGCCCAGUUAUUUCUCGACAUUGUUGGUGGAUUUGUCAACCAUGAUAACAGGAUUGUUGAGAAGAUAUUUGAAGUUUUUGAUGUUCAGUUGGAAAACAUUGAGAAAGUGAUGCGCCAGAAUGCAAAGAAUGCUUGCAUUUAUGACAUUGCAAAAAAAUUUGUUGAGCAAUAUAUAAUUAACUUGAUUGAGUCUGAAUCAUAUAUGACAGCUGUUAGUCUAUUAGAGCACUUCUCUAUCCGCCAGUUUGGGAAAUCUUUUCUUCUUAGUAUGAUACGAAGCAAGCAAUUUGAGGCAGCAGAAAAAUGGGCAACAUUCAUUGGAAAGCCAAUGUUAUGUGUUCUUGUCCAUGAGUACAUUGACAGGGAUAUGCUAAACAAUGCUAAGGAGGUUAUGCAGAAAAACAAUUUCGUGCAGGAUUUCCCUGAUAUUUAUUGCAAGUAUGAAGAGAGCUUGCUAAAGAAACUAGCAGAUAAAGGAUGCUGGGAUAUGGCAGAAGCAAGGACAAACUGUAAUAGGCAUCUUCUUGAAUAUCUGGUUUCUUUAGCAAUGGAGGCUGGUUGCUUAGAGAAGGUUGACAAAUUAUGUGAUCGAUACUCGCUCAAAGUGCCUGAGCCAAGUCUUCAUUGUGUGCAUCAGGAUGAGGUGCUUGUAGAAGAUAUCAUUUGUGUUGAUAAAGUUGAUGCUUCUAAUGAAGCAACCUGUCAAAUUGAGGAAUCCAAAGUCGUAGGUCUUGAUCAUGAAUGGAAAGUGUAUUAUGCAAAAGGAGGUACAAAAAAUAUGGUUUGUAUCAUGCCAGUUGCUUCGGGGAAGAUGGAGGAAAAGGUUACUAGCAGAAGGCCCAGAAAUUACUUAAAGAAGUGGAAAUCUCAGAGGCCACUCACCAUUUCCAAGCAUUGUUUUUCAGACCUGAAGUAUAUUUCUCCCCCGGUGUUCAUCUACCUUUUCAAAGAGUGGUACUUUAGGGGCAAAUGUAAGGCAACGAAGAAGUUCCAAGCUCUUGAAGAAUGGGUCCAUCUAGUACUGCAAAAUGAUCCCAAACCUGGACGAGCUACUUUUGUUGUUCAGUGCCUCUAUAUCUUGCAUAUAUUUGGAUUACACUCUGAAGGGUUUAGUCAUUUAAUUAUAUCUGCCCUUGGUCGCUUCCCAAAAAUAGAAACUUCCAUGGGGGACUCUUUGAAAGCCAAAGACCUUGCUGCCCAGUUCUUUCUUGACAUUGUUAAUGGCUUUGUCAACCAUGAUGAGAGUAUAGUUGAGAAGAUAUUUGAGGUUUUUGAUGUUCAGUUGGCAAACAUAGAGAAAGUAAUGCACCAGAGUGAAAAGAAUGAUUGCAGUUUUGACAUGGCACAAAAGUUUGUUGAGCAAUAUAUUUUUAAGUUGAUAGAGUCUGAAUCAUAUAUGACUGCAGUUACUCUAUUAGAGCACUUCUCUAUCCGCCAGUUUGGCAAAUCUUUUCUCCUCAGUAUGAUAGAAAGCAAGCAAUUCAAAGCAGCGGACAAAUGGGCAACGUUCAUCGGAAAUCCCAUGUUAUGUGUUCUUGUCCAUGAGUACAUCGACAGGAAUAUGCUAAAGAAUGCUAUGGAGGUUAUGCUGAAAAACAAUUUCCAACAGGAAUUCCCUGAUGUUUAUCACAAGUACAAAGAAAGAUCACUAAAGAAACUAGCAAUAAAAGGAUGCUGGGACAUUGCAGAAUCAAGGACAAAAGGUAAUAGGCAACUUCUUGAAUAUCUGGUUUAUUUAGCAAUGGAGGCUGGUUACUCAGAGAAGGUUCAUGAAAUAUGUGAUCGAUACUCACUGGAAGGUCUCUUGAAUGUCAAAGUGCCUGAGCCAAGUCUUUGCUAUUUGCGUCUCGAUGAGCUGGCUGUAGAAGACAUCAUUUGGGUAGAUCAAGUUGAUGCUUUACAUAACGCAGCCUGUCAUAUUGAAGAAGCCGAAGUCAUAGGUCUUGAUUGUGAAUGGAGACCAAAUUAUGAAAAGGGAGGUGAAGAAAAUAAAGUUUCUAUCAUGCAACUUGCUUCUGGGAAGGUGGUUUUCAUCCUUGACUUGAUCAAGUUAUUUGAAGAUGUGCCUGAUGUCUUGGAUGGCUGCUUAACUCGCAUUUUUCAGUCUCCUAAGAUACUAAAACUUGGUUAUGCUUUCGUCUAUGAUGCAAGGCAUCUAGCUGAUUCAUAUGGAGAGUUAAAUUGUUUCAAUCACUAUCAGAUGCUUCUGGACAUUCAGCAUGUAUUUAAAGAACAAGGGGGUGGUCUAUCUGGGCUUGUACAGAAAAUACUGGGAGUUGGUUUGAACAAGACAAGAAGGAACAGCAAUUGGGAGCAACGGCCUUUGACACCUAAUCAGCUGGAAUAUGCAGCUAUCGAUGCAGCUGUACUGCUUCACAUAUUUGACCGUGUUUGCAGUCAUUCUCAAACUGCUGAUGGAGAAAGACUUGGAAAACUCGACUGGAAAUCCUGCAUCUGUCCCCGCUUGGAUAACAUCAAGAAGUCCAAAAAGGGACACCAGUGAGUUGUCAGAAGCUGAGGACAAAGGAGCAUCAGCAAUUUUCUUUUUAAUGUAAGUGCAUUAGAAAUCUCAUUUUUCUUUUCUUGUUCUUGCCUUUCAGUCUCCUCAUGCCGCCAGUGAAAUCACCGUGGACCACCUUGUGGACUUUAGAGAUGAUUAGACUCUAAAGGCAACAUGCCAGGGCUCACACUGGCCGAGCAUUAGCAAUUUAGCUGUGUAGUUGAAAUUUUCCUUUCCAUUGCAUUUGGCUA